AUGGACUCGCCGACGACGACACAGAAGGAACAGACAGCGUUGAGAAUUGUGAGUGACGGCUGCUGGAGAGUGUUGUCGGGGGGAGGCGGAGGGCGAAACAGCGAGACGGCGAUUGGCAGCGACACGCGCUGGGGUGGAGGAGAGAUGGAUGAGCGGCUCGACUCGCCUGACAGUCCUUCAAAACUUGCCUCACUUCGGGCCUCUGACGGACGGACGGACGGACGGACUGACGGCGACGCCCAAAUGACAAGGUAUAUCAAAAAACGUUUCGCCUCCUGCUGACAGCUCCAUAUUUCGACCUUGUGCCUUUCUCACUCUGCCAUCUCAUGUUGUUUGCUUGUCCCGGAAAAUCUGAUCCGAGUUUCAACUCAGAUUCAAGUUCUUCUCUUAAUUACUCUGGUUUUUUUAAUUCACAAAAGCCUUCUUGAGGGUUAUGAAAAUGAAAAGUACGUCAAAAAAAAAAACGAUCCCUGAGGUUUUUUCUUAGGGCUCUGUCCCGACCUGUCUUCAGCUCAGAUUGAAGUCUGAUCAUAUUUCUCGCUUCUUUUUUGAGUUAUCCUCAAAUUCUGAUUGGUAUAACUAACUAAAAAUUCAAAUAUUGAAGUUUUUCGUUUUGCCAUGGCUCUGUCCCGACUGGAUCCGAGUUUCGAGCUCAGAUCCUAGGCUCCUUCAGUUUUUGGUCAUUUUUGAGGUUUCUUGAGAAAAUUCUCAAAAAUCGCGGCCUUCUCCUAUGCCAAGAGUGUGCCCCAUAUCAGAUUUCAUAAUUAGACUGUCUCUAGAAGAAUUUUUGAAGGCGCAAAAUGACCUCCAAUACAACUAAUGCACUGAAUAGAUUUGCUGAACCAAACUGUUAUCUGCAACAUCUUCAUCAAAGUUGAUUGCCGAAUUUAUGUGAUUUUUACCAUUUUAGGUACGGACAACUGCUUUCAAAUGAAUAGAGCGGUUUUUGACAGAAAAAAAGAUCAUUUUCCUGAUAUUUUGAUGGCACCUUCCGAGAGUCUGUAAAAAAAAUAUAAUGGGACUUACCAUUUUUUUUUAACUGUGGCCUAAUUCUACCGAAAAUAAUUUUCCGAAAAAUGAGUCAUUCUAGUCGUCUUGAGGAACGUCUCCUCCUUGAUAUUCCUACAAAACUGACCUUUUCCGAACCUUCAAACUACACUCACCGAAACUGACAUCACCGACAGACUGAAGAUUGAAAGGAGAGGGGUUGUCGCCGUGUGCGCGCAAUUAUCAGAUAUGUCAAAAAGUCAAAAAGUGUUUGAUCGAGAGAGUCAGAAGACGCGACGUUCUUCAAUCAACUUGUCAGCUUCACACACACGGGGGCGCCUCCGGGCAGGCCGCCGCCACUCCAACCCUACAGCCAGCCCUCGGCUUGUUCAUCUCCAUUUUCAGCAGUCUCUUGAACUUGGUUCGGAUCGUAGGGAAUCGGAUUCUGAUGAGACGCAGAAAAGCUCGCAGCUUUCUCAGUCUUUUUCGUGAUUGAGACUGUAAUCGAUUGGCUCCUGAGAUUGUAGUGAGUGAACCGCAAAAGAACCCUUUUUGGGUCUCAAUAUUUAGACUUGUUCAUCUCCACUUUUCCACUAUCAGUUAGCGGUCAGUUAAGAUAUCAAUUCUUGUUCAGGACUGUAAUCUACUUAACAGACUGAUCAUUUUGCCCUUAGACGUCCGUAUCCUUCCAAAAUGGAAAAAAUAGUAGCCACGGAAGUUGUCGUAAGCCGUUUCAAAAUGUUUUCUCAACCCCAGGCUUUUUUUUUUGAAGAUUAAACGAUGAAGAAGGCUCUGUGAAGACUUAUUGGGCCUUAUUCUUCAUCAGAGACACCUUUUCGAGUAAUUUAUGCUAGAGAAAAGCUUCAGUAGCUCUUACUCACAAUAUCAGAGAUUCCACCAAGAAAAAAAAAUGGACAUAAGAUUUAGACUAACCAGCCGAGAUCGCAUAUCUAACUGUGCCAUCGGCCGUUUCAAUCGCUCUACUUUUUUGCAGAGUUUUCCAGUUUCAGCACUCAUUUUUUCAUAUUUUCCAACACCUCCAAGAUUUUUUCCGACUCUGACCUUGGUAUUUUUCUAUAUCCUGUGCAAAUGAAAAAAAAAUUAUUUCACGGGAUGAGCUUGCAAUUUUUUAAACCAAAAAUACAUUAAAAAAUUUAUUUCCGGAUCCGAUCAAACGAUGAUCAGACAGUUUUUUUUUUCCUAGCCGUUCUCGCUGAAUUUUCGUCCCUCGGCGACAUCAGACUUGCAUCACGUCAAAUUGAGAUUGUCAUUUGUCAGUUCCGCGCAGCCGAGUUGUCAGUCUCGAUGUCGGGGUCUCUGGGAUUUUUUAUUUUGCUUUUCUUCUAUUUUGUGCGGUUUUCCCGCUCGAAUUCUUCUUUUUCGUGUGCUAGGUUCAUUUGGUCGCGACUUUUUCGUUUUUCCUAUCAGAUCAUUUUCCGAUGGUUCUUGUUGUUUUUGGGCUCACAGUAAGUCCUAAAGAAGUCUGGCCAAAUAAUGGCCUCUAAAGUUGUCCAUUUGCCAAAAAACUAGCUAUGUUCAUAAAGAUAGCACUAAACAAAUAAUUCCUUACGAGACCAAUUAAAAGGCAAUACCUCAAGUGAUCACUUGAAGGUUUCUAUGAAAGUUUUUCAAGUAGACACUUCGAAAAAGUUUUUAACGCCGCUGCAACGUUAUUUUAUGCUUUUUUUUCCUUUCUUAGAGUGGCUCAACUUCUUGUUCAGGUUUUCAAGGUUCUAGAGGUCUUUAGUGUGCCACAACGGUUAUCUACAGUCACCUAGUGAUGAAUGGACUAUAUUUCAAAUUUAUCUGGAUUCAUCCGAAAUUGAUUCCAGCUCAAAAUUCUAAUACCUUGUUCAAUCAAUUUUUUUCCAAUGCUUUAUUUUCACGAUUUUGAAGUAGUUGAAAACCACGUGAUAAUUGUCUCAUCAUUUUCCUUCAUUUUUCUUUCAAAAAAUACGUCACACUGGCUUAUGAACAAACAACCUGUACGGAAUGUCAUCAGAGUGAUAGUUUGAAGGGAAAAAAUCCAUUAAAACCCUUCCAAUCCUGAUUGACAACUGUUCACUUCAAAGCCCUGUACAGAAAAAUGAAAACGUGUCCCAACUUGGCGCCAUUCCAAGGCAACAAAGCAGCGAUUACUGUGGCCAAGGAAUCAGUCUUCAUAUCACGGAAAAAAAAACCCCCAUCAUUUUCCUUUCUUUUCCUCGUUUUAUCACUCGAAACCUGUCAAAAACAACUGUCGUCGCUGAUAGUUCCGCCUGAUUUUGUUUCUGCUGGGAAUUGGAAAAUUGGUUGAAAACAAAACUCCAGUGAUAACUGAGAUGGGAGCAAAAAACAGCCACGAGACCGUUUGCAAAAGUUUUUGACAUACAGUAGGUUCAAUACCAGAUCACUGUAUAAAAUUCGAGUAAAAAUGAAAUUUCAGUAUUGUCGACUAUUAGAAGUUCGAAUCCGACUUUAUCUUUCAUGGUUUUGGAGAGAUCCAGAAGAUCCGAUUUUCCAGCCCUUUUAAUCAAUUGAACAUUUCGCAAAUAUUUUUCGAAUAAAUCCUAUUCGUUGAUUUUUUUAACUUAUUUUUGACAAGCGCUCGCAUUUAUUACAUUAGGUUACUGUAUAGAGUCUUAAAGGAUUUUUAAGGAGUCUUUCCUUAAAUUUUGCCGAAAAAUUGGAAACUUGGAGAAACCUGUAGAAAUUUUUCAAUAAUUUUUUUUUCUGUGAAAAUUCUUAGCGAAGGAAUCUUGCAAAAACAGUUAGUUCAAAGUUGAACUUGGUAAAAGAAGCAAGAAUAUUUGAAUUCUAAGAAGAAAAAGGAGGGAAGGUAUAAGUAGGUAUUGAUAUUGUGUUUGGUCUUGCUUGUCACUUGGUAGGUUUACUGUUGAGGUAUUGUCAGAAGCAGGCAAACUGCAGGGAGAAGGGCUCGUUUGACAGCUCAUUAUGAGAGCCACGCUUUGGUCGAGCUUUUCGAGCCUAAUUUAGCGUGGCGGCCAAGUGCGAGAAGCGUGGCGCAGGUGCGACAAAAAGGCUGGGCCCGUAUUUGUUCUGUUGUUGUUCAGAGUCGGCUCAGGUGAAUCCACAGGCCGCUCUUCUCUUUUCUCUCUGGUUUUAGGCCAGAUCCUUUGAAUUAGGAGAGAAGGCGUUUCAGACCUUUGAUUCGAGUUUUUCGUGAUUAUUUCUUCUCCGCGCAUUCUUUUUCCUUUUUUGACACUCUUGCUCAAUUUUUGCUUUUGCCCCAUUUUUCUUGUGCUAGUCUUACCACUGCUAACUCUUAGGCUCUCAUUUAUUUCUCAUUCUACUGCCCUUUUUUUGAAAUUAUUCUCGCUCUGUUUUCCUCGAGAUUUUGACUCGAAACAGUGUGAAUAAACAAUUCGUAACCCUUUUUCAAAGUCAAAACCUCAGUGAAUUGUUAUGAUCUCACUUUUUUGAAAUCAAUUGGAAAAGAGAUACUAAAUCUGGCAGCUUGACCCAUACAUGGCUAGACUAUUUUUUUAAACCAACCUCUCCUCCGUAAUAAUUCUAAAUUAAAGUCAGUACUACCUCCUGAAGUUAAACUUGCGUCCAUUUUUGUCAACACCGUCUCCCUGGGCUCAAAAAUAAAUUUUACACUUCGUUUUUCGAAAUUUUUGUAGGUAACCUCUCCUAUUAAACCAAUUUAGUCCUUUACUUGCCCCCGUAUGGUUUGACCAGUUAUUUUUUUUUAAUUUAUCGAUUUUUCGAGCUUUUUAGCUUUUUAUAUGAGCUGAGGACCUGGUUUGACAAGCUUUUUAUAUGAGCUGAGAACCAAAAAAGCCAAAGUUGAAUUCCUAAACUUUGAAACUGCAUCAACUAAACUUAUUCACUGAAAAACUGAUUUUGCUUUCCCUGAGGCUUUCAAGAACGACUUGAGAUGUUUUUCAAUCCAAUUUUGAAUUUAUUAAAGUUACGAAAAGUGUUUAUUAAAGACACGAAAGUUGACUGGUUGUCCAGCUGGUUUUUGUAAUAUGCUUGGCUCUGUUUUGCACCCAAACAAGCGUCUUGAGCAUGUUUUCUUGGCCUCGAACUCGAUAAUCAUCAGAAGAGAAGGAAGGUACGAAAGCUGGCAGGUUGCCAAGAUUUGAUAUAUUUUUGAGUGGGAGAACCACGAGGCGAACGUCGCUCCGACAUGACGAAGACGUGGGUCACGCCCAGGGCGAUUGACAUGUUUGCCCCGGGUUUGGAAAUCCUUGGCAGGUCUUCUUCUUCUUCAUUCUCCUCUUCAAACAAACAACACCCGCUUCUCAAGUGCACCUUUCUAUCAGCUCUAUGCUAUCAUCUCGCUCCGUUUCUGCACUGUGGUCAUGGGAAAUUUUGCCCCUUUCUGCAGAGUUUUUGACAAAUUUCCAGCUUCCAUUUACAAUUUUUUUUUAUACUCUAAGCUCCCUUCUUCAUUCGUUUGCAGAAGAUUUUUGGGUCUUUUUGGUACCUGUUGGCCGAGUUCCUAGGGGUUUUUCCUGUUGCAGAAAUAUUGCAGGGAGUCAUUGUUUUUCUCAGUGUUUUGGCAACUAUCCAGAGCCCUUCUAUGUGCGGGGAUUUUCGGAGAUUUUGGCUUCUGUUUGCAGAGAUUUCGGCAAUAGGCCCACGUUGACUUUAAUUUUCCUGAAUUAUUUUUUCUUUUCGCACAAGGCUAAAUUUUUUUUUCGAUCUUAUUUUCAUAUAAAUUGGUUUUCGUAUCGUCUUCAGCUCAAAUCAGUAAAUUAGUCUUUGAAAAAAAAUAAAUAAAAGGUCUUUGAAAAUUCACCUUAACGUUCUUCAAAUCCGCAGCACGUUGAUCUACCCUAGUUCGAAACUAAAACCUAUUUCUGAAUUUGCCAAUGGAAGAUCUGGAUCGCCUGAGCAAUUCUUACCGUACUCCUCCUGCAAAAUCCAACCCUGUCACGUUACACAGAUUGUCCUUUCUGCCUUGGGCCCAUGCACAAAAAAGUCAGGAAAUACCUAGGUGCCACUCAUCGUCGACAUGCAACACAACACCACACCUGUCAAAAAAGAAGUGUUCGGCCCUCCCCUUUUUACCCCUAAAGCUUGUAAAAACUCGUUUUCUUUUGGUCUUUUAAUCUUUUUUCGGUUUGUUGUACUGAAAAUUUUAUGGUGACUUGUAAUUUUUCAGUUUGAGGACAUUUUAAGGCUUCAUAUAGAAAGAAAUUCGUUUUGAGUCAGCUAAACAGUUGAAAAAGUCUGAUGAUUAUCCUAUGAAAAUCUAUAUCUUUACAGUAACCCUAUUCUUCACCGCUUCUUCUUCAAAAUAUCCUUAUCGCACCCUUCUUCAAAAUAUCCUUAUCGAACCCGGAAAAAGUUCAAAAAUGAACUUAUUUCACCAUAUGGCCCAAAAUGGCCAAAUCAAAGUUGACGUUCAACGGAAUUUUUCUGUCGCUUCUAUUUGCCGAGGUUUGAGAAACCACUUGGACAACCUGUCAACACAGCUGUCAAAAAGGCAGUUAUCAUCCAUUGACGCGACCGCCGAGCCAUCUGAUAUUAUAUUUCCAUCAGAGCGGAGACUCGGCUCCGCUGCUUUUCGUACCGAUAAGCCCUCAUUCGCUCCGCAUCGUUCCCAGUUUUGGGGUCUCUCCGCGUCGUGUGUGGUCUUUUUGACCGAAGCUUCUUGGGAUGUUCAAGGGAGCCCGGCGAUAGAUUUAUCGGAAUUUCCGGCUCGUAAAACAGUUAAUGCCCCUUCGAACAGUUCAAAGAGCAUCGGGGACGGAUUAAUUAUGAAUCAUGACGGUUCUUUGCUCUUGCUACGUCUUUUAAGGAACAUAGACUGGAUUUAAGACUUUUUGAAACUUUGAGCGCGUAAGGCAAACUUCAAAGAAUAUGUUGAAUGAACUAUUGAACUCUGACCUCAAAAUUUUAUGACUUUGGCUCUUAACCUUUUUCAUUCUCUUUAGAGCGCACAAUCUACGAAAUCUCAGCCUUUCUUCAAUUUUUCGUUCUGUUCUUCCUGUCCCUCUGUGACAUUUUAUAAUUUCUGUUUUUGCAGCCAAGAUGAAGCUGGCCCAGCUGCCUGACGACGUUCUCAUCAAAAUUCUCAAGUCCACCCCGACAAAUGACGUCAUCAAGAUGAAGAGACUCAGCAGAAGGAUAAAUGACGUCGUCGAGAGGCACACCAUCGCCAGGCCUGAAGUCCAGGAGUUCUGGUAAUUUUUAUUCAUUCAAAAAUUUUUUAAAACAAAAAAUUAUGAAUCCAUCGAUUGUGGUAUCAUGGCUUUCUAGAUGCAGGAUCCGUAAUUAAAACUCUUAGUUUGGGGUUUUCCAUUUAUUUUUGGAUUCACGUUGGAUUUUUAGAUUUUUGAUUAGUUUGAAAGCAUUCAAGCAUUAGAAUUGGUACAAGUCGUAGAUGCAAAUGAAAAUUACUUCCUUGAAUCAAUUCAUUUGUACAAUUUUUCUUAUUUCUUACCAACCUUUCUAAUAUCACUCGAAAUCAAAUCAAACAAGUUUUCAGCGUUGAAUCACGAGUGAGAUACGAAAACGCGACGCCAGGCCGAUUCCAGCCUCGCGAACGGCAAGGACGGCCCAAGCAGCACACCGUUCUGACAAUGAGACGACGGAAGGCCACCAAAAGAAUCGAGAGUUUUGACGACGCCGAGCAGGGCUGCAGCAAGACCAACGACUUCGUGAAGAACGAGCUGAGAAAGGUUGCAUUUCGGACUCAUAAUUCAAGAGAUUUAUGUGCUCUUCUGACGCUUCAAAAGUAUGAGUUCAGCAGCAAAAUCGAUAUUUUAAAAAGCUAUCUUUAGAUUUUACUGACGCUAUUCCCGCAUAAGUUAUAAAAUGUUUUUCUCUAUGAAAUAUUCAUUUUUCAGGUCUCCAUCGGCGAGCGAAUUUCCCUGGAUGGUAUCGUUAUCGAUGAAGAGUUCUACAAAACCUUGACUUCGAAAUGGAACGACCUGAGGUAAAUUUCAAAAAAGUUUGAGCUUCGGAUGGCUUGAAAUGUUCAGCUUCUAAUUAUGGUUGACUUACAAGUUUUUGCAAAAAAAUUUAUAGAAUUCAAAUUUUUUUGAUUCAAUAGGCUUACAAGUGUGACUAGUGAGUAAAAAAACUCUUGAAAUUGCACGAUUUCCGUUGAUUUUGGCUUGAAAUACCCCUCCAGUAGGAUUUUCUUAUUUUUUAAUCAAUUUUUCUGAAGAUCUUCCUCAAAAACCGUAAGCCUUUUCUUGCAGCAAAGUGAUGUCAUUCGCCCUGUCGAUGUGUACCGUAACCAUCGACGCGGGGCUGUUCAUCGACCUCGUCUCGCGGAUGAACCUUCAGACGCUGAUCAUCGAGUUCUGCGUGUUCGACUCGCAGAUUGUUUGCGACAAGGUCAAUCCCGAAUCUCCAAAACUUGACAGAUUGAAAUUGAGGAAAGAAAUGGGAAUAGAGUUUGACGGGAGGGAAAGGUGAAAAACGGAAAGACAGCUUGUCACAUGCACCAGAAAAACGUCAAAACCACCCCGAGAACCGUUUUUCUCGGAAAAUUUGACAAGUUUCCAGAGAAAAUCUGACUUGUUUGAAAGGUCCUCCGAAAAUUAGGGGGAAUGGCGAAGAAAUGGAUAAGAAACUUAGAUAUAAAACAUAAUUAAUGAUUUUCAGCUCUUCCUGUCACUGCCGAAACUGGACAAACUGACGAUUCAACCACGUGGCAACGCCUAUUUUCCUGAACUGACCAAUCGGACCCUCAGUAGUUGGAUCGAGAGGAAUGCCGUGCCAAAGUCGCUUUCUCUCUACAAUUGUGGCACCAAUAUCACCGUCGAUGAGCUCAAGGCGAUGCUGAUGGUGAGAAAUUAUGAUUCGAGUUGAAAAAUGUUGAAAUCUACGACUUAUCUACGACUUACGACGACGAACAAAAUAUUUCUAUUUGAGUUGUUCAAAGCAGCAUGGAAAAGUCUUGAGGCGAAAAAAAAAAGAAAAUAAUAAUUAGAGGCUUUUUUAAACAUCUCAGCAAUGUAUUUGAACAGUCUAAAAAUCGGGAAAAAUCGUCUGAAAGAAAUUUUCAAGUCUUCUUUAUGAAACUGCUCAUUUCGCUCACAGAAGCCUGUUUUUGAGCUUCAUGAUCUCACUUUUUUUUUUACUAAAUCCCACACAUUGACUUUGGAAAAAAUUAUAAUUUUAACCAAAAGUUUCGUGAAAGAUCUACAAAUUAAACUUUGAGUUGAUGUUUCAGAAUGAGCGAUGCCGAACUGAAAAACGCAAGGUUGACUGGGACCUCGGCAAAGUUCUGGAAAUGGGUCACACUGAAGCGGCUCUCCUGUCUCUGGUCUUCGCUGAAGGCGUCAAGAUGAGCUCCAGCGACGACUUCAGAUCCCGACGCAUCCACGUCGUCUGUGAAGGCGUCGACCUUCACUUCAACGUCGUCAGACCUUAUAAUCAAGCUUCGGCUGUCUGA